AUGGCAUACCCCAGGCCCGAUUCCUUCUCGCUCGACGACGAGCGGAUGUACAGCAUGAGCCAUCCGAGCCCACUCACUCGUCCCAACGAUACCUUCGCCAAGGGUCCCGAUCCUCUGUCGGCUAACUGGAGCUACGACAAUGCCAUCGAUCUCUUCUCCCUCAACACCAUGAUGCCGGAGACUUUCCCCUUGGAGAUGUCCAACGAGAUGAUGAACUUGGACCCUAAGGACUUUCCCGCCGACUUCUUCGCCCCACCCCCAGAUAUCAGUGCGUUCACCAUCUCCAACCACUCGGGUGAGGAUGCUGCCUCCUGCGGCUCUCUCUCUUCGGACCUGGACAGUGACGACCAAUCAUGGUCUCCCACCUGCCGUGUCUCUCCCCUUGAGCCUAUCCACAUGGAGCUGCCCAAGCCUGCUGCUCGCACUUCCAGAACAUCUACCCGUCGCAAGACUGCGUCUCAACCGAAGCCCCGCGAGGUUACGGCGACAAGGUGGUCGUCCAGUCCGGAAAUUACACCUCAGGACUACCCCGCCACCAGUGUCUCACCCCCGCCCGCCCCCUCCUCCCCUGCUGCCAACAACACCGCCCGCAAGACCACCCGUAGUCUCUCCAGCGACUCCAACGCCAGCACGGGUCAGGCCCAGACCACCACCGGCCGCAAUGCGGCGAAGCGGGCGGCGCACAACAUCAUCGAGAAGCGGUACCGCACGAACAUGAACGCCAAGUUCGUUGCCUUGGAGAAGGCGAUGUGCGGCGGAGUCCAGAAGCCCACCAAGGGGGGCUCGGCGUCGCUGAAGAAGUCGGAGAUCCUGACCAAUGCCAUCACCUUCAUGCAAGAAUUGCAGGAGGAAAACAAGGUGCUCCAGAAGGAGCUUGCCAUGCUCAAACAAAGCAUGGUCCCGAACGGGAUGUGGCGACAUAGCAAGGGGAGUGAGGCGUUUCACGCUUAA